AUGGCAUCCAUUAUCCCACCCAAACGCCCUGUGCGUGCAGGUAUGCCGAAGCUCGUCAUGCCAACGAGUGUGACUUCAGAUGUACCGGAGGACACGAGCCGGAUCGAUUCUACCACGGGCGAGACGGACGCCACGAUCAUGCCUCGUGCUAUACCUUCACAGCCAAGCCUUGGGCUUGAGACACAAAUGGAUGAGAUCAAGCGCAUGUUGGACGAUACGAGAACGCCUGCGUCCAUGUCAUACGAGUAUGGUGGUGUAGAUAUGCAUGCGCAGGCAUCGGGAGAGAGUGGUAUGACGUCGAGCUCCAAUUCGAGCAGCUGGCACAUGCAUCAUGACUCUUCGUCCGUCCCGUUCAUGCGUUCCAACAGCUCAUUAGAGCUUGAAUCGAGCAUACCGCCUGCUUCUGAGCAUGCUAACGACAUUGAAGUGCUUGCGUCACUAGGCGAGGGUGCCAGUGGCGAAGUGAAGAAGGCCCGGAUCAAGAGCACUGGCAAGAUCAUAGCGCAGAAAGUCAUUCCGACCUCGCCUGACCCGAUGAUCCACCGGCAGCUUUUGCGUGAAUUGAAUGUGAACAAAUCGUGCAAGAGUGAGUAUAUUGUAAAUUACUAUGGUGCGUUUUUUGAGCCGGAAACGGCAAGUAUCACUAUCUGCAUGGAGUUCUGCGAGGCAGGCAGUAUGGACUCGAUUUACCGUCGUGUCAAGUCGCGUGGUGGACGCGUGGGCGAAAAGGUUCUGGCCAAGCUGGCCGAGUCCAUUAUCAAGGGUCUAGAGUACCUGCAUCAGUGUCGCAUUAUUCAUCGCGACGUCAAACCUAGCAAUAUUCUCGUGAGGCGCGAUGGCCAAAUGAAGUUGUGCGACUUUGGUGUAUCGGGUGAGCUCAUCAAUAGCGUGGCUGGCACGUUCACCGGUACGGCAACAUACAUGGCGCCUGAGCGAAUCAUGGGCCACUCUUAUACCAUUACGUCCGAUGUAUGGUCUGUGGGCGUUACCAUUUUAGAACUGGCUCUGAAUCGGUAUCCAUUUUCCGAAGAUGGCGAGACACCCAUGGGCCCUAUUGAUUUGCUCUCCUACCUACUCAGCUCCCCACUACCGACGCUUGAGAGUAACGACCAGAUUCGAUGGAGUCGGUCCCUGCGUGAUUUUGUCGAUCGGUGCCUGGAGCGCGAUGGUACUAAGCGCGUCUCGCCACGUAUGCUCUUACAGCAUCCGCUUGUGCGGCGCGCUGAGAUGAUCCCCAACUCGGAUAUGGCACGCUUCGUGGCGAGUGUAUGGAACUGGCCUUCGUAG